UUCUGGCCCGGCACCAGCUGGCUCAGCCCCUUCUGCACGCUGCCCCGCCUUCUGCCCGCCCCACCGGGGCAGAACGCACCUUCCCUCCCUCAAAGCUGCACCGAAGCUUCCUCUCCGCCUCAGCACUGCCGCUCAGCCCGGUGGCCUGGACUCAGGCUGGCAGCUCCCUGCAGCUCCCCUCCCAAGCCCCUCAGGAGACUCAGCAGCACCCGGCCUCAGCCUCCCGACCACGGACAGCCUCCUCAGACCAGGACCCUCGGAGCUGCACGCCAGCCUCUGAUGUCACAGAGCUCGCAGCCAUGCUGGGUGCCCUGUGGACCGCUGUCCUGCUCUGCUUGCCUCCCUUGGCCUGCAUGGAGCCCUCCGGCCCAGCCUGGCGCUUCACUCACUCCCUGUACAAUGCCAGCAUCUACGAGAACGCAGCACCCAGGACCUACGUGGACAGCCCUGUGAGGAUGGGAGUGCAACUGGCCCGGCCCGGCGUGGCCGUGAGGUACCGCAUCGUGGCCGGGGACUCCGGAGGCAUGUUCAGGGCUGAGGAGCAUGUGGUGGGCGACUUCUGCUUCCUGAGGCUGCGCACCAGGAGUGGCAGCGGGGCCCCCGUGCUCAACCGGGAGGUGCAGGAUAGGUUCACGCUGCUGGUGCAGGCGGCCGAGGCGGCCGGGGGCCGGGGCGAGCUGGCCCGUGUGGCAGUGCGCGUGCUGGACCGGAACGAUCUCAAGCCCCUGUUCUCGCCGCCGUCCUACCAUGUCACCAUCUCCGAAGACACGCCCCUCCGCAGCCCCAUCUGCAAGGUGACGGCCACUGACGCCGACCUGGGGCCCAAUGCUGAGUUCUACUACGCCCUGCCUGGGAGGCCCAAGGAGCUGGCCGUGCACCCCACCACCGGCGUGGUCACUCUGAUGGCGAGGCUCAGCCCCCUGGCGCACGGCGACCUCGAGUUCCGGGUGCUGGCCGUGGACCGCAUGCGUCGGCUGUCAGAGGGGCCAGGCUCGGGCACCCUAGCCCGGCUGACGGUGCACGUGGAGCCUGCACGUAGGAGAGGUCCCAAGAUAGCCUCGGUGCUCGUGGACCCUGAGGAUGGCGUGGAAGACGGGGCCCUCGCUGUCGUUCUGCUGGACACGACCGGCCCGGGUGCCGACACCGUGGACGUGGUGGACGGCGACCCUGAGGGUUACUUCAAGGUCGUUCCAGCCUACAGCAAUAGCUCCGAGUUCCGUCUGGUGCCCGUCAAAGAAGUGGACUGGCUGCAGCACCCCCAGGGCUUCAACCUCAGCCUCCGGGCACAGGCGCAGGGCCCGCCACCUGCCUCCUCCCCGACACUGACCUUCCACCUGUCGCCAGCCAGGCUGGCGGCCCUGCGGUUUGAGCAGGAGGUGUACCGGGUGCAGCUGAGCGAGCUCUCGCCCCCUGGCCGCCGAGUGCUGGUGCUGAGGGUGCCCGGAGCGCCCCCCAGUCUGCACUACAUCCUGCAGCCAUCCCCGGGGAGCGCGUGCUUCCGACUGCACCCACACACAGGCCUGCUCAGCACGGUGGCGGCCCUGGAGUGGCAGGAGCACCCCCACGUUCGGCUGCAGGUCCAGACGGUCCCGCUGCUGGCCUCUGCCACGGUGCUCGUGGACAUCCAGGACGCCAACAACCACGCACCCACCUUCAACAGCUCCUCCUACGAGGCUGUUUUCGAUGAGAACCUCCCCGCGGGCAUGCGCGUGCUGACCGUGACGGCCACCGACAGGGACCAGGGUGACAAUGGCCGCGUGUCCUACUCCAUCGUGGGCCCCCGGGCCGUGCCCUUCGCGAUCGACCCCUACCUGGGCACCAUCACCACCUCCAAGCCCAUGGAUUACGAGCUCAUGCAGAGGGUCUACCACCUCCGCAUCCGCGCCUCCGACUGGGGGGCCCCGUUCCGCCGGGAGACCGACGUGCCCGUGUCCCUCCGGCUGCGGAACGCCAAUGACAACCGGCCGGCGUUUGAGGCUGUGGGCUGCGUGGGGUCUCUGCGCCAUGACUGGCCCGUGGGUGGGGCCGUGGCCACCGUGUCGGCCAUCGACGUGGACGAACUGCAGAGCCUGCGCUAUGAAUUCGUGUCGGGCAACGAGCAGCAUUUUUUCGACCUCCACCCACACUCGGGCCUGGUCUCCCUUCGCCGUCCAUUUCCACAGAGCUCGGCGGAUCCCGGGCCCACCCGCUUCUCGCUGGAGAUCACCGCCUUCGACGGGAAGAACUAUGCCGUGCCCAUGUCACUGAACAUCACCGUGGUGCCCGACGCCCGCCUGGAAGUGCCGGUGGCAUGCGUGUCUACCGGGGUGCUGGCCCAGUUCACCAAGGCCGUUCUGCACGCCGCAGCGGAGCAAGGGCCUCCCCCACUGGGUGAUGAGGAUGACGGUGACUUUGGUUCCUUCGGCACCGCUCAGCUCAACCACUACGCCCCCCGCUUCGAGGAGCCCUUCCCUCAGAGCAUCGAGGUGCUGGAGCAGGCUCCCCCAGGAACCCUGCUGACCCGCCUGGCAGCACUGGACCCCGAUGACGGCUUCGGUGGCAAGCUGGUCUACGUGAUCACCGGUGGCGACGAGGGCGGCCACUUUGAUGUGGAACUGGAGACCGGGCAGCUCACCGUGGCCGCCUCCUUGGACUACGAGGUCGAGCGGGGCUACAGCCUGAACGUGACUGUGCAUGACCUGGGCACCCCCCCGAGGUCCGCCUGGAAACUGCUGGAUGUGGCGGUGAGGGAUUGCAACGACCGAGUGCCCCAGUUCCCGCCUGGCGGGUACCAGCUGAACAUUGCCGAGGACACGGCGGUGGGGACCACGGUGGCUGAGCUGAGAGCAGAGGACGCGGACACGGAUGACAACGGAAGGGUCCGCUACACGCUGCUCACCCCCACGGAGCACUUCUCUGUGCACCCACUCACGGGGGAGCUGGUGGUCACUGCCCCCCUGGACCGGGAAUCCCAGCCGCGCUUUGCCCUCAAGGUGGAGGCCCGUGACCAGCCCCGCCAAGGCCCCUCGCUGUUCUCCACUGCGGAUGUGCUGGUCACGUUGGGGGACGUCAAUGACCACGCGCCCCAGUGCGUGCCGGAGCUGCUCAGCCUGAAGGUCCCCGAGGACCUGCCUCUGGGCACGGUGCUGGCACUGCUCGAUGCCCCCGACGCUGACCUGGGCCCGGCAGGGGAGGUGAGCUUUGCCCUCCUGGAUGAUGCCCACGGCACCUUCCUGGUGCACCCCGACACCGGGGCGCUCAGCCUGGAGGCAGAGCUGGACUUCGAGCAGCGAGCCGGCUACAACUUGAGCCUGUGGGCCAGAGACCGUGGCCGGCCCCGGGCCCAGCGCUCCCUGUGCCGCGUGGAGGUGAUCGUGCUGGACGUGGACGAGAACCUGCACCCGCCCCGCUUCACCUCCUUUGUGCACCAGGGCCGGGUGCAGGAGAACAGCCCCUCGGGGACCCACGUGCUGACUGUCGUGGCCCUCGAUGAGGACGCCGGCCUGGAUGGAGAGGUGCGGUACUCCCUGCGCGCGGGCACCAGCCUCGCAGCCUUCAGCAUCGACCCAGACACAGGUGUGAUUCGCACCCGGGCACCCCUGGACCGCGAACAGGUGGCUCACCACUGGCUGACGGUGCAGGCAGAGGACAGGGGCUUGCGGCCGCUGUCCGCGGUGAGCGAGGUCUACAUCGAGGUGGCAGACGUCAACGACAACCCGCCCCGCGUGUCCAGCCCCGUGUUCUACCCGUCAGUGCGAGAGGACGUGCCCCCACACAGCCCCGUGCUGCAGCUGGAGGCCCAGGACGCUGACGCUGGCCGGGCAGGGAGGCUGCGCUUCAACCUCACGGGCGGGAACGCGCUGGGCCUCUUCGCUCUGGACCCUGACACGGGGCUUCUGUCCACGGCGCAGCAGCUGGACCGGGAAGCGAAGGACGAGCAUAUCUUAGAGGUGGCCGUGCAGGACCUCGGGGAGCCCCCACAGAGGAGUACCUGCAGGGUGGUGGUGCUUGUGGAGGACGUCAAUGACAACGCCCCCAGCUUUCCCCACAAACUCUUCACCGUGCGUCUCCCAGAGAGCAUGGGGGCGCCCGGGCUCCUGUACCGGCUAGUGGCGGCGGAUCCGGACCUGGGGCCCAACGGCCAAGUCACCUACAGCAUCGAAGACAGCGACACUGAUGGCUUCACAGUGGAGCCCGCCACAGGCGUGGUGCGGGCCAACCGCACCUUCCGGGCUGGAGAGUACAACAUCCUGACGGUCAAGGCCACAGACGGUGGCCAGCCGGCGCUCUCGGCCAGUGUCCGGUUACACGUAGAGUGGAUCCCGCAGCCACUGUCUCUCAGCACCCCGCUGGCCUUCGAGGAGCUCCACUACCAUUUCUCGGUCAUGGAGACGGACCCUGUGAACCACAUGGUGGGAAUGGUCAGUGUCCAGGGCCACCCUGGACUCUUGUGGUUCAGCAUCUCAGGUGGGGGCGAGGACAUGGACUUUGAUGUGGACAAGGUCACUGGCAGUUUGCUCAUUGCCAGCCACCUGGAUGUCAGGAGGCGACAAAGCUACAACCUGACUGUGGAGGUGACCAACGGCGUCCACAGCAUUGCCACACAGGUCCACAUCGAGGUCUUUGCCAACAUGAACCGCCACCGGCCACAGUUCACGCAGGCUCAGUAUGAGGUGCGAGUGCCCGCGGGUACACCGCCAGGCGUGCAGCUGCUCCGCGUGCAGGCCACGGACCUCGACCAUGGCAAAGGCCUCGUCUAUACCAUCCACGGCGGCAGCAACCUCUUCCAGCUGGAGCCCAACAGCGGGACUCUAAUCACCGUGGCCGACCUGGGCCCGGGGCCCGUCCAGUACACACUUACUGUCAUGGUUCGAGACCAGGAGGUGCCCAUCAAGAGGAACUUCAUGUGGGUUCAGGUGUUUGUGGAGGCUGGGAACCUCCACCGGCCGCACUUCACCCAACACCACUACGAGGCCCAGGUGCCCUAUACAGCGGCCCCCGGCACGGAGCUGCUGCAGGUGCGCGCCCUAGAUGGGGACCUGGGCCCCCAUGCCGAUGUCCACUACUCGCUUCUCAAAGGGCACAGCACGGGGCUCUUUGCCCUGGAUGGCCUCCUUGGAACACUCACCCUUGCCCAGCGGUUGCCCCUGACUGGACCGGCCCAGCAUAGGCUGACCAUCAGGGCGGAGGACCAAGGCUCGCCCCCGCAGCACGCUCUGGCCACAGUGCUCGUCCACGUGUACCCCGCGCACAGUAGCGCACCCCGCUUCUCCCAGGCUGAGUACUUCGUGGAAGUCCCGGAGUCGGUGCCUGUGGGCUCCCCAGUCCUGCGUGUGGCAGCCACCAGCCCCUCGGAGGUCUCCUACGAGCUGACGGAUCGGGGCAAGGAUGCCGCCUUCUCCCUGAACCCCUAUUCUGGCCUCCUCUACACCCAGAAACGCCUGGACCAUGAGAGGUUGGCAUCCCACCAGCUGCGGGUCCGCGGGCACAGCAUGGCCGGCACCUUCACCGACGUGUCGGUGCUCGUGUCUGUCAUCGACAUCAACGACCACGCGCCUGCCUUCUCGCAGCCCACGUUCCUGGGGCACAUCAGUGAGGCAGCCCCACCGGGCAGCCUGGUCACAGAUGGCAGCCACAACCCACUGGUACUGCGUGCAGCUGACGGGGAUGGGGACGGGGACGCGCUGCUCACCUACGAGGUCCUUGAGCCCGAGGUGCUGCGCUUCUUCCGGCUGGACAGCAGCAUGGGCACCCUGACCACCGCCGCGGAGCUGGACUAUGAGCGUGUGGCCUCCUUCCGGUUCCGGGUGUACGUCCGUGAUCAAACCGCACCUGUCCUGUACGCACCCCGGCCCUCCUGGGUCACGGUGAUGGUCACGGAUGUCAACGACACGCCCCCCAAGUUCUCACAGCGUAUCUAUGAGGUCGUGGCCACAGGGCCCGUCCACCCAGGCAUGGAGCUCCUGACCGUGAGUGCCAAUGACCCCGACUCCACUGUGACCUACAGCGUGGUGGCCGGCAACGCCGACAGGGCAGUGACCCUGCACCCUGACAACGGGCACCUCUGGGUGGCGAACCCCACUCUGUUGGGGGUUGGCCGGGAGCUGACAGUCGGGGCCUCCGAUGGCCUCCAUGAGGACACAGCCCUGGUGCGGGUGAGGGUGGCCCCCGCAGAACUCACAGACUUGCGGUUUGAUCAGGACACGUUCAGGGCGUCCGUGAAGGAAAACGAGCCUGGCGUGCAGACACUGGUGCUGCUGGGAGUAACAGGCGCGUGCCCCAAUGACAGCCUGGCCUUCGCACUCCUCAACGCGACCGACCACUUUUGCGUGGCACGCUCGGCCGGUGUGCUGCAGACAUGUGACCAGCCCUUAGAUCGCGAGCAGCAGGAUGUCCAUGUGUUGGCCGUGGAGGUGCGUGACAAUCGUGUCCCCCCGCGUGUGGCCCAGGCGCUGGUCCACAUCUCGGUGGAGGAUGUCAACGACCACCGCCCCGAGUUCCAGCACCUGCCCUACACAGCCGUGGUCCCCGACGGCACGGAGCCCGGUGACGUUGUCUUCCAGGUCUUGGCCACCGACCAGGACUGGGGUGCCUACGCCAAGGUCACCUACUCCCUGGCUGAGAACUACGCCUACUUCCGCAUCGACCCCUUCCAGGGGGACAUCUCGCUCAGGAGGCCUCUGGACUACCAGGCCCUCAACACCUACCGCCUGGGGGUGAUCGCGAGCGAUGGCGGGAGCCCCCCGCUGCGGGCGGAGGCCGAGGUCCUGCUGGUGGUGAGGAACAAGACCAAUCCGCUGUUCCAGAGCCCCCGCUACACUAUCCGGGUACCCGAGAACAUCCCUCCCGACACCCCCGUCCUCCACACGCAGGCCCGCAGCCCUGAGGGCCACCAGCUCGUCUACCACAUCCCCGAGACGGAGGCGCUGUCCCAGGUGGCCGUCAACUUCAGGACAGGCAUGGUGAGCAUCACGGGUCCCCUGGACCACGAAGCUGAGACCAGCCACGUGUUCACAGUCAGGGCCACGGACACAGCGCUGGGCUCGUUCUCCGAGGCCACCGUGGAGCUCCUGGUGGACGAUGUCAACGACAACGCGCCCGCCUUCCCCAACCAGGUCUACUCGGCGGCUGUGCCUGAGGGCUUGCCUGCACACACCCCGGUGAUCCGACUGCUGGCCUCCGACCGGGACUCCGGCCAGAACCGCGACGUUUCCUAUCGCAUCGUGGAUUCCGACUCGGACGCAUCCAGCUUCUUCCAUGUGGACGCGGCCACUGGGCAGCUGUCCACCACGCAGGAACUGGACUAUGAGAGCCGCCAGCAGUUCCAGGUGCGGGUCCAGGCAACGGACGGGGGCGACCCCCCACUCAGCGGGGAGACCUUGGUCAACGUGCACGUGUCCGACGUCAACGACAACCCUCCCGCCUUCAGGCAGUCACAGUACGAGGCCAACGUGAGUGCUCAGGCCACCUGCGGCCACCUGGUGCUGCGCGUGCAGGCCCUGGAUGCCGACCACGCCGAUGCCCCCCACCUGCACUACCUGAUCCUGUCAGGCAAUCAGGACCGGCACUUCUCCAUCAACCGCUCUUCGGGGAUCAUCUCCCUGCUGAACCUGUGCAAGAAGCAGCUGAAUGCAUCGUACAACCUGCGAGUGGGCGCCUCCGACGGCGUCUUCCGUGCCACCGUGCCCGUCUACAUUAACACCACGGCUGCCAACGCGCACAGUCCCACCUUCUUGCAGCCCCUGUACGAGGCAGAACUGGCCGAGAACGCUGCGGUGGGCACCGAGGUGGCCGUGCUGCGGGCGCUGGACGCCGACAGCGGUCCCUACGGGGCAGUGGAGUACACCAUCAUCAACCAGUUGGCCGGAGAGAAGUUCGCCAUUGGACCGGACGGCCGGGUCCACACGCUGCAGAAGCUGGACCGGGAGAAUGCAACGGAGCGCGUGGUGGCUGUGCGGGUGAUGGCGAGGGACGGAGGGGGCCGAGCCGGCUUCUGCACCUUGAGGGUCAUCCUGACGGAUGAGAACGACAACAUGCCCUGUUUCUCAGCCCCCGAGUACACCGUGUCCGUCCCUGCCAAUGCCAGCAGGCACGCCCCGCUCCUCCGUGUCCUAGCCUAUGACGCCGAUGAAGGCCACCACGCGGAUGUCACCUACUCGGUGGCUGCAACAGAGGGUGGGGAAGACGCCUUGGUGGACGUGGAUCCCAUCAGCGGCCUGGUGCGCGUGAAGGAGAGCCUGGUGGGCCUGGAGAACCACACCGUAGACCUGACGCUGCGGGCCCAGGAUGGGGGCCCUCCACACUGGGACUCCCUGGUCCCCUUACACCUUCAGGUGGUGCCCAGUCAGGCAGCCCUGCCCAGGUUCUCCGAGCCCCUGUAUACGUUCUCGGCUGCCGAGGACCUCGCCGAGGGUGCGGCCGUGGGCUCUGUCCGGGCCGAGGUGGGCCAUGAGCCCAUCAUCUACAGCCUGGUGCAGGGUGCCACGCCAGAGAGCAACCAAGAAGGUGCUUUCACUCUGGACCCCCACACCGGGCUGCUCAAGGUGGGCCGGCCACUGGACUACGAGGCCACCAAGUGGUACCAACUGGACCUGCUGGCGCACUGCACACAUGGAGACACGCGCCUGCUGGCCCUGGCCUCCGUCCACGUCCAGGUGCUGGAUGUUAAUGACAACCACCCCCUGUUCGAGGCUGACCCUUACCGGGCCGUGCUGGCUGAGAACAUGCCUGCUGGCACAGCCGUCAUCCAGGUGACCGCCGGCGACCGGGACAGCGGGCGCAGUGGCCAGGUGAGCUACCGACUGCGCGCAGAGCCUGCUGGCCGUCUGCACCAGCUCUUCACCGUGGACAGUGACACAGGCUGGGUCCGUGCACUGCAGCCACUGGAUUGUGAGUCGGCACAAAGUCACCGUUUCCACGUGGAGGCCCAUGACCAUGGCAGGGUUCAGUUGACCUCGCAAGUGCUGGUGGAGGUCACAGUGACCGAUGAGAAUGACCACGCACCCCAUUUUGAGGCUGACAGCUACCGAGGGGCCGUGGUGGAGAACGGGGCUCCCGGGGAACCAGUGGUGGCCCUGCGGAUCUCGGAUGCUGACGUGUCUGCGCGUAACAGUCAGGUCACCUGCUACAUCACUGAGGGAGACCCCCUGGGCCACUUCAGCAUCCGCCAAGAAGGGGACGCGUGGACAGUCUUCUCGAGGCAAAGCCUGGACCGCGAGCACACGGCCAAGUACCUGCUGCGGGUCACGGCCUCGGAUGGCAUGUUCCAGGUGUCAGUGCCGGUGGAGGUGCUGGUCCUGGAUGUGAAUGACAACAGCCCCGUCUGCGCCCAGCUUCUCUACAGUGGUCACGUCCGGGAAGACAUAUCCCCGGGCCAUUCCAUCCUGAAGGUCUCGGCCAGUGAUGCGGACAUGGACGCCAACGCACAGGUGUCCUUUUCUCUGCAUGGCCAGGGAGCCCAGGAUUUCCGGCUGAACCCACACACAGGGGAGCUGAGCACGCACACGGCCCUGGACCGGGAGAGGAAGGAAGAGUACAACCUCGUGGCCAAAGCGACCGAUGGGGGCGGCCGCUGGUGUGAGGUGAAUGUGGUUGUGCGUGUGGAUGACGUGAACGACAACGCCCCCCGCUUCUUCCCGCCGCACUGUGCAGUGGUCAUCUCCGACAACACCACCCUCCAUGCCCCAGUGGCCGUGGUGCUGGCCCGAGACGCUGACCAAGGCACCAAUGCACAAGUGGUCUACUCCUUGAGCGACUCAGCCGACGGCCGCUUCUCCAUCGAGCCCAACACGGGCAUGAUCCGGCUGGAGAAGCCGCUGGGAGCCGAGCCACGGGCUGUCCUGGAACUCACCGUGCGCGCCUCAGACCUGGGCACGCCCAUCCCGCUGUCCACGCUGGGCACCGUCACCGUCUCUGUCGUCGGCCUGAAUGGCUAUCUGCCCACGUUCCUGAGCACCGAGCACACCAUCCACGUGCCCGAGAACACCCCGCUGGGCAUCGAGAUCCUGCGGCUGGACACCCUCACCCGCCCCAGCACCCAGAAGGCUCGCUAUCGCAUGGUGAGCGGCAACGAGCAGGGCCACUUCUACCUGGACACCCGCUCAGGAAUCCUUUACGUCAACGGGAGCUUGGACUAUGAGACAGCCCCCAAAUACUUCCUGUCGAUUGAGUGCAGCAAGAUGGGCAUUUCCUCCCUCAGCGAUGUGACCACGCUUGUGGUCAACAUCACGGACGUCAACGAGCACCGGCCCCACUUCCUGCAGGAUGGGUACCAUGCCCGCGUGCCAGAAGAUGCCAAUGUGGGAGAGCCCGUGCUCACGGUGUCUGCGACUGACCGAGAUGGACCAAUAGGCAGCGCCAUUAUUUACAGUCUGGUGGAGGGCAACCAGCAGGGGCACUUUGCUGUCCACCCUGAGAAGGGGCAGCUGAAGGUGGCCAGGACGCUGGACUGGGAGCAGACCUCGAGCUAUUUCCUGCGGCUCCGAGCCACAGACAGCGGUCAGCCUCCUUUGCAUGAGGACACCAGUGUCACCAUCCAGGUGGUGGAUGUCAAUGAUAACCCACCAAGAUUCUUCCAGCUCAACUACAGCACCACCAUACAGGAGAACUCCUCCAUCGGCAGCAAAGUCCUGCAGCUGAUUCUGAGUGACCCCGACUCUCCUGAGAAUGGCCCUCCCUACUCGUUCCGAAUCACCAAAGGGGACAACGCCUCUGUUUUCCGGGUGACUCCCGAUGGCUGGCUGGUGACCGCUGCGAGUCUGAGCAGGAGUGUUCAGGACCAGUACCAGCUCGAAAUCGAGGCAUCUGACAGUGGCUCGCCAACACUCACGUCCUCCACCUCAGUCAGUGUCCUGGUCACCGCACGGAGCCUCUACCCGCCAUCUGCCCUGCCUCUGGACAUCUUCAUCACGCUUAGCGCAGCCGAGUUCCCAGGUGGCCUCGUGGGCAAGAUCCAUGCCACAGACCCCGACCCCCAGGACACAUUGACCUUCAGCCUGGGGUCCCAUGUCCCGGGCCCACUCUUCUUGGUGGGCCCAUCAGAUGGCACGGUACUGGCUGCCCAGGGCCUGCCAUGUGGCCGCCACACCUUCAAUGUCACCGUCAGUGAUGGCACUUUCGUGGCCACAGCAGGUGUCCAUGUGCACGUGUGGUGUGCUGGGCAUGGUGCCCUUCAGGGCGCCAUGUGGCUGGGCUUCCGGCACCUCCGCCCCGAGGAGCUGGUUAGCGACCACUGGCGCAACCUCCAGCGCUUCCUGAGCCAGCAGCUGGACGUGCGACGCGCCAGCAUCCGCCUGGCCAGCUUGCAGCCCACUGAGACCGCCCCUGGUGUGGACGUGCUCCUGGUCUUUGAGAGCCAUUCCAGAUCCUUCCAGCAGUUGCAGGAGCUGGCAGCCACCAUCACGCACUUGGCCCCGGAGAUGGAGCGUGCGCUGGGCGUGCAGAUGUGGGCGGCUGUGCCCAUGGCGCCCUGCGAGGGCAGUGCUUGCCAGGCACUGCCCUGCCAGGAGACGGCACAGCUGGAGCCCACAGUGGGGCCCCCAUACAGCACCGCUCGGCUCAGUGUCCUCACCCCCCGGCACCGGCGGAAGAGCAGCUGCAGCUGUAACGGGACGGCUGCCAUAUUCAAUGGCCAGAGCAUCGGGCGGUACCGCCUCCCCAGGACGCAAGCCUGGAGUGCCCGCUUCCGCCUGAGGACCCAGCAGUCAGACGCCACCAUUCUGCUGCAGAAGCGGGAGCCAGUGGGCGUGUCCUUGCAGCUGGCGGAUGGAGCACUGAUUCUGGAACUCAACUGCCCAGGGGGCUUCCUCAGAAACCUCUCCUCGGGGCAGCGCCUGAGUGACGGCCAGUGGCACUCGGUGUGGCUGGAGGUGAAGGAUGUGACCGCCAGACUACAGGUGGACGGCACCGGAGCGGACCUGGAGCUCCCGGGGAGCUGCAAGGGCCCUGCGCUGGAAAGAGAGUUGCUGCUGGGUGGCCGGCUCCUGGCCACGGAAGCCCCGCAGGCGGCCGCCCAGGUGUCCCACGGCUUCCAGGGCUGCCUGGACGCCGUGGCCAUCAACGGAGCAGCGCUGGAGCUGCUGGGCACGACGGAGGCCGGCUGGCUGGAGCGGCGGGCACUUGACCCCUGUUGCUCCUGGGCCCCCCAAAACGCAGCCUGCAGUUCGAACCCCUGUGUCAACGGAGGGCAGUGUGCCCCGGAGCCUGGAGCAGGCUAUGUGUGCCAGUGUCCCCCUGGAUUCUGGGGGCAGCAAUGCCAGCAAGGACAGAACUGCUCUGUCCCCAACUGCCCAGACCCAGGAGCCUGCACAUCUCCAGAGGGUACUCCGUGCAGCUGCCCACACCCCCAGCAGGGGGAGAGGUGCGAGGCUGACACUGGGGGCUGCCCCGCUGGCCACUGCCUGGUCACACCGGCUGUGCAGGGCGGAGACUGGGGUCAGCAGGAGCUGCUGCUGGUGGGGUCUGCCCUCCUGCUCGUGGGGGCUGUGGCUGCCGGGCUGCUGCUCUAUCACCGCCACCGCCGUGCCCACAAGCCUGUGGCCAGGGAGGACCCGGACCUGCUGGCCAGGAGCGUGGGUGUGGGUACUCAGGUGCCGCCCAUCCAGCUCAGUGCCCUGGGCACGGGCGCCGAAGACCCCCACAUCCACGCAGAGCCCAGCAAGGCCUCCGAGUUCGUCACCUUCGGCCCCAGCUCCAAGCAGCGGCCAGUGGUGUGCAGUGUGCCUCCUCGGUUCCCGCCUGCCGUGCCCCCUUCCUGCUCGGAGGCUGCCAUGAAGAGGACCUGGUCAGGCGAGGAGCUGGACAUGCCAGGAGGCUCCGUGGCUUGGCCCCCCACCUACUACAGGAAGGACGGCUGGCAGUACCCCCGCACGGAGGCUGCCCUGGUCACGCCGCACCCUCCCCAGCCCCCCGCCCACUAUGGGGGCUUCCCUUUCUCCCUGGAGCUGGGGAACAAGCGGGCCCCCCUCCCACCCCGCUACAGCCACCAGGACCUGGAGGACCUGUUGCGAUCCAGCACCCAGGAGCCCCCACCGGCCCCAAGCCAUGGCGAGUACAUGGCCAUCAGCUACUACCACUCACGCAUCCCAAGGGGCAGUGCCCGGCCCCUGAGCCUACACCUCAGUCGCACAGACCAUAGGGCGGGUGGGCUGGCCCCCGCACCCCCACACUAUGCCAGCUCUGACCAGGUGGAAAGCGACUAUGGCAGCUGUGAGGAAGUGAUGUUCUAGCGAGUUGGGAGGCAGCAAACGGGCGGGGAGACGGCGAGGACAGGCAGCCCCAUGGCACACGGUCACGCGCAUGUCCAGGAAGAGGA